AUGAAAGCUCAACCUAAUGAAAAACGAAAUAUAAAACAUCGUAAUGCUCAACUUCAAUGGAGUGAAAUAAAAUGGAAUGAAGAAUAUGUGAAAGAAAAAAUUGAGGAAUAUUUAGAAAUAUAUAAUGAACUCGGUGCAUCGUCUGAUCAAGGUCUUGAACGCAUGUCAUUGCCUAAUUCUUCAAAUCAAUCAAAAACUAAUCGUAAUGAGGAACAACCGAAUAAUUUUGACGAUUUUCAUAAUGAUAAUGAUGACGAUGAUCAAGAAAAAAAUAAAAAUAAAAAAGAUUAUCGUAUUAAAAAACGUAAACCAUUUGAUGACGAGUUGAUUGAAGAUCUACGAGAAUUACCACCUGUAGGUAAAGUUCCAUUAGAACCAUUAUCAAAAACUAAACGACAAGGGUGUGGGUGUAGGUAGAGUUGUUUUUCUCAUCUACAUACACACCCAAAGUGAGAGAAAAAUGGACUGACGUCGUUUUAUUUUGAACGACAUUUUUGUUCUUUUAAAAUCAACUAUUUGAUUGAUUUUCAUUUUGAAUAAUGAGACAUAUGUUUAUUGCUCGAUGCUCGGAGAAAUUUCGAGUUUCUCCUCUUUUCUGCUUCUAUUUUUAACUGCAUACACGUCGGCCACAGCAAUAUUUGGAUUGAUCUGUCGAAAGAUUGAACUGCCUUGUUGAUAGUCGAUUGAUCCAUGUUGAUCAUUCGACCAUACAAGUAAUGAAUGGCAAUUUCUCAAUUAUGUUUCUUUCAUCGAUAUAUGAUUCCUUUUGAAGAUGUUGUUUGUUGAUUGGCACGAUACUUUCUUUCGCUCAUUAUUUUCUUCAUUAUAGAAACCCACCGUAAUAGUACCUGGGUAUGUCGAUUGUAUUAAAAUAAACUUCAAUCAAAUAAAUUGAGUAAGACGAAAACGAUAACCAAAAAUAAAUAAUCCUGUGUAGAAUCUUUGUGUUGUGAGGUUGGAUCGAGAGAUGAUAAUUUCUUCUAGGAGAGGAUAAUCCAUAGUUAUUAUGCCUGAGUUUUCGACUGCUCCAAAACUUUUCAAUUUGUCUUCAAUUGUUGUUCUAUCUUUCAGUGAAUCAAUAAAAGUUGCUUCUACAUUAACAUCUUUGAUAAAUUUAUUCACU